AUUACCGUAUUGACACAAGUAUAGCGCUAUGAUGCGGGAGAGGGCAUUAGGAAAAGCUGCGUUAGGUAUGUGGUCUGCAUGUGAGGACUAAAAAAGUGUAGUUACGCAUUUACAACAGCAGACUACGCUUGCACAACACAAUUAACUGGAGCAAGAUACCUUCACUGACAACUACCAACAAUGUCAGGUGUGAAAGAUGAAGAAAAGCCAGCCAAAUUUACGCAUGAGCAGCAACUGUCCAGAGUAUUUGAUGAAGUGAUGGGGCUUGGAGAAUUUGCUGACUCCUCCAGGGGAUCUGCCAGCUCAUCCAGGAGUGGCGGUCAGGAUGAGACUAAGGGAGUAGACGAAACUUCAGGACAAGGGGAACACCAACAAGCAGAAGAAGAGGACAGCAACGGCAGCAGACAAGAAGAAAAGAUGGAUGAGGGGAUGGGAGAGUCAUCCUUUCCACCCAUAUCCUCCCCUCCCUCAGUGCGACGCUCCUCGUUUAGCAUGGGAACCACCGAAGGAGGAGGGGGGGGAGGAAGUGGAGGGGCAGCAUUUGAUGAUGCACUGGAUGGCCUUCCUUCGUAUGGACCAGAGGAAGAAGAUGAUGAAGACUGGCACUUUGCCCUGCCAAUGGGCACCCUGGAGGAUGUUAACGUGAGUAAGACAAACAGGAAAACAGGCCAGCAAGGAGUGGGGAACAACGUAACUCGAGGCGAAUCUUUUGCUCAAGAGGAAGAGAGGGAAGCGAGCAGUGGGUCUGCCAACACCUCCCAUUCCUCCCAGGACCACACACCUGAUAACAGCCGAGAUGGAGGUGUCCUGACCCAGACAGAGGAGACAGAAGACAGCCAGCAGGGAGAGAGGUCAGAGGCAGCACCAAUGGAGGACAGCAAUCCUCCAAGUGUGAAUAUUAAAGAUGAGCCCAUUGAUGAGGGCUACGACGCUGCUUUACUGCCUCAGAGCUCCAUCAGACAGAUCAAAGAAGAGCUGGAGCAUCAAGAGGAAGAGCUGAGGAUCAGCUCUGUCUACUCCGUAGGUGGAGCCAACACUUUCGCACCCCCUACCAUGCCUCCAGCAGUCCCAGCUCCCCCUCCGGCAGCCAUUUUUAUCCCAGGCAGAGGUGCUGUCCUACAGGCCAUGGCUCCCCUCCCUCUCAGACCACCAGUUCCAAUCCCAAGUUCACUUCCAGCUCUGAUUCCAGCACCUCCACGCCCACCUCCGCCCGCUGUUCCUGGUAGUGUUCGCUGCAGUGGCUGCUCUAAGGUUCUGCUGAAAGGCCAAACAGCAUUCCAGAGAAAAGGUUCGACGCAGCUGUUCUGCUCCACAGUCUGUCUGACUGGCCAUCUGCCUCCAGCCAACAAGAACCGAUCGUGUUUCCAGUGCAACAGAGAGAUUCUGCAGCCCAGGGACAUGAUCACGAUUCCAGGAGACGACGGCAACUACAUUAACUUCUGUGGACAGUUCUGUCUGUCUGUCUUUAGACACAAGAAGAAACAGCCUGAUAAGGGUCCUGAUAAGUGGACUGACAAACGGCCGGAGAAGAAACCAGAGAAGCCACCUGAGAAACAAGUGGAGCGACAGCCUGAAAAGCCCUUUUGCAGUGUCUGCAAAGUCUCUAAUAGGCAGAUUGAGCAUGAGGUCACCCAUCAAGGUCGUCUGCACAGACUCUGUAGUAAUGCUUGUUUUGUAACAUGGCGAAAGAUGCGGCAGUUAGCCAUGAACUGCUGUGAAGGCUGCGGACUUUACUGUAAUAGCAACUCAGGCUCCUGUCACACGCUCACAAUAGAAAGGUCUCAGCUCAACUUCUGCGGACCCACCUGUAUUAGCACCUACAGACAGACCUGCAGAAAGCUGGUUUCCUGUGCCUGCUGUCACAAAAUGGCAAUAGUGUCCUCCACCAUCAUGGAACGAGACCAAAGGGGCAAAAUACAGCUUUACUGUUCAGCUACAUGUGUGGAACAGAGUCGACCACCCCGACACGUUCUCACUGGUGCUGCGUUCCCCUGCUGUCAGUGCAAGGUGUCAGCUGUUCCUCAGUAUCAUCUGGCCAUGGUGGACGGCACCAUUCGUAACUUCUGCUCCUAUGACUGUGUUUCUAUAUACAGGAAGACCGGGAACACCUCGCAGCCGGACCUGACCAAUGGAACCUCCGUUCACAAGGACUCCUCCCUCAGAGAUGCCCCCAAACCGGGGCCGUCUGCUGGAGCCAGCUCAGUCCCCCCCAUCCCUCAGGACUACCCAUCUUCAGUGCCCUACCCCGGCCACCAUCACAGUCACAGCUCAGUGCCCCCACUGGUGCCUCCCUACCCAGCCAUGUCCUCCCCCUCUGUCCCAGGUCAAGUCCAGGCCAGAGCACCUGCUGAUAAGCCCCUGAAACCAGCAGAGGGCGGACCCAGUGACUCCUCCAAGCUGACCUGCCAUCAGUGCAGCAAUCAGAUCAACAUAAAGCCGCUGCUAUUCAGUCACCAGGGUCGUAUUUCCAUGUUCUGCAGUAGAAAGUGCUGUGAGCAGUAUAAAACCCAGAAGAAUAUCCUGAUUGUGUGUGAGUGCUGUAAACAGGAGAAAGUGCAUUUUGAUACCAUCAGUUAUAACCAACAGGACCUGGUCUUCUGCAGUGAAAGCUGUAAACUACUUUUCAAACAUGACCUAACAUCUCGCAACAAGGAUCAUCCCUGGCGUCCCUGCACCUACUGCUCCGGCAUCGGGCAGAAGAUGCUGCACAGUCACUAUGGAGGCAGGAUGGAGGAGUUCUGCAGACCCCACUGCAUGUCCCAGUACACUGUACUUUACUAUGGGAUGGGUCGAUGUGACAGUUGUAGGAAACAGGGCUACAUGACCGAGAAGCUGCAGUGUUUGGGUUCCGUCCGUAAUUUCUGCAACAUGACCUGCCUGCUGCAGUACUGCAACAUGCAUUUUGAGAUGAGCCAACACAGCAGCAGUAACGGUACUGGAACGGCCCCACAAACACCAUAUGCUCCAACCCAGCCCCACCACUCCUCAAAGAUGAAUCCUGUCAUAGCUGAUGUCGUGUCACUGGCCAAUGGCUCUGCCACUCAGCCCAGUGUGUCAGCAGAUACUGCUUUUACUGGAGCACUUCCGACCUCUGCUGACGGCAAAAACCUUGACCAUGCCAGUACUCAGACUGAUGCCAUGCGAGUGCCUGUCCCCCGUCGACGUCAAAUGAAGAACAAGUCGGUUCUGUGUCGUCCCUUCACCAUGGACCAAGAAAGCAUGUGCCAGAUGCCCACAGCUUCCACCGAAUCAGCAGCUCUGUGUCUGCCCUCGAUCAGCUCCUCAGCAGGAGAGGAGAAUGUGAAGGUUGUAAUGGUUCCAGUCCCAGUACCGGUCUUCAUUCCAGUGCCUAUGAACAUGUACUCCCAGCACACACCUGUUCCGAUGGCUAUGCCUGUGCCCGUUCCAGUACCCAUAAUGAUACCACCACAGAGCAAAGAAAUGAAGGAUGCAGCAGUCCAGUCAGAGCCUUUGGCUGUGGAGAAGGAAAAACAGAAAGACGGGCCUGUUUCCAGCUCAGACCAGAGUAGUUCUUACGGUGUAGACGUGAAGUCAGAGUUGGUCGCUCCCAUAAUCGGUGAAGAUGAGACUCAGAAAGCCAUACAAGCCGACCUGCCAUUUACUGUCAAGUCAGAAAGAAGCACAGAGUCAACUGAUCUCCAGCUUCAUACUGAGCAAGAGGAGACCACGUUGACAAGCGAGCCACCUACCACCAGUGCUGAGGAUCAACCUCCCUCCUCUCCGAUGAUGGACCUGGAGACUGACUUCCCAUCUGAACCGUUGGCUCAAAAAUCGCAUGCUCCACAGCGAGGAGUGAAGAGACCCAGAGACGUUUUUUCCAGCCGUAAACGGAGUCGAAGGCGAACUGCUCCCCUGAACCGGUCUGCAGGGGUGACUCCAGCCGCCUCCAAACUGAACCACCUGUACGGGGUUAAAGCCUGGAGGAGCUGGGUCCAACAACGAAACAAACACCAGGGAGAAACCAAUAUAGUGGAUAUUAAAGAAGACGUCCUUCAGUGUGACUCCGCUGAGCUGAGCUAUGCUCUGUCCUGCUUCAUUAGAGAAGUGAGGCGGCCCAAUGGAGAGCCCUAUAGCCCAGACAGCAUCUUCUACCUCUGUCUGGGGAUACAGCAGUUUCUGUUCAUGAAGGGCCGUAUAGAGAACAUCUUUACUGAUGCUCUGUACAGUCAGUUUGCCGCCAAUAUCAGUGAGAUGCUGCAACUGUGGAAACCUAAACUACUACCUAGUGGUGGCGCUGUUUCCUCUCGUGUUGUUGAAUCGUACCUGUGGGAGUGUAAGCAGCUGGGUGCCUACUCCCCCAUAGUGUUACUCAACACACUGCUCUUCUUCUGUACCAAGAACUUUGGCUUCACCACGCUGGCGCAGCACCAAAGCCUCUCCUUCACCAACUUCACUCUACACUCCAAACCCUGCAGCCGCGCCGGCAAAGUCCACUACCUCCGAUAUCAAAGAAGCAGCACUGCCACGCCUCAUUCAGAGCGAAUCAGAAAAAGGCAGGGGGAUGAGGAGGGAGACCUGGAGAUGCUUGAAAAUGUCGCCGACCCUCUACACUGUCCUGUCAGACUCUACGAGUUCUACCUCUCUAGAUGCCCGGAGUCAGUGAAGAGCAGAACUGACCUGUUUUUCCUGCAGCCUGAACAGAAUGUGCACACUCACAGUUCCCACUGGUACACCUCUCAACCACUAGAGAGCACCACUUUACAGAGCAUGCUCACACGCAUCAUGGCCGUCAGAGAGGUUCACCAGGAACUCAAAGCGGUCCAACAUCAGCCCUCAGCCUCCGCCGACAACAGUUUACAGUGAUGCUCCGCUCGUGAUCUGCUCUGCAACAGAAAUCUCCUCCGAUGUGGACAGUUCGCAGUGAAUUACAGCUGUACGUACGCCCAUCAGUCAUUCAGACAGACGCCGACAGGUAAUUGAAACAGGGAGACAGAACAAAGACACAAUGAAAGGACAGUUUGUUACAGAGAGACAAUUUUAAAGAACAUUCAUGGCGUGGGAUAGUUGUAUUUAGUAACCUCAGUGGCCAUCUCCUCCCCUCAUAAAUGCACAAUGAGUUCAUAAAACAUCUGAUGCUCUAAAAUAUGACAAAGGGAGUGUUAAAGAGAACAUUGUAAAUGAAGUCUUUUUUUUCUCAUCAUGUCACAACAGAGUGAUAUUUAUGCCCAUCAUUUACCACAUGUGGUAGGUUUAUUUACUAUCAAUAAUGAUCCAUGCCGAGCCUGUCAGAUGAACUUUUUUAUUCAAAAACACACUUCUGCAGUAAUAGACUGGUGUGAGCAGCAAACUGCAUGAGAGGCAGUUCAGACGCAGACAACGAGAGUUUACAUGCAUUAGGCGCUGUCACAUAUGUUCAUUUAGGGGUUUAAAUGUGCAGUUUUAUCGUUGUUGCCCCUCUCUCCAUCAGCACAUUUUAACAUGGAGAGAAUUUACCUGUACAGUAUGUGUUUUAAAGACUGAUACUGGUAUUUAAAGAUUAAUUUCACCACAAUCUAAAACAAUGCAUUUUGAGCAGGUUUUGUCAUUUGAAAGUGUGGCGAUUUAAUGCAGAGCUACACAAAACUUAGUAAAAGUGUUCCAGUGAAGCACUUACCACAAACAUCCGGUGUUGUUUUGAUGAAUGAAACAUGAAAUAUGUAGUUUAACAAACUGCAGCAUCUUCAUCACAUGGGAGGUGGAUGACAUUGGCUGGUUGAUACUUGAGCAAAAGCCAAUAUCUGAUUUAAUUUGCUGUUAAAUCAGUAUACCUUAUAUCAGUGUAACCCUUCUUGUGAUAACAGAGGAGACAAACUGUGCCUCUCAUCUUUUGUUUUAUAUUAUCUAGUUAUCUGAUAUUACGUUGUUCCCUUUUUAUUUUCUUCAUCCUGUGUGGCCUUAUUUUUUGCCCAACAACCUUUUUCCCCCCUCCAGGGUUCCCUUAUAUACCUUCACUUCUUCCCUCUAGAGGAAUCGAGUUCUCCUAAAGUCGUUUUUCUGACCGUGCCAAUAUCUUUUCUCCUCUUUUCAUUUUUGUCUUCCACGUUACUUUGUUCCCUAAUUUGAAAAAUUGUGAAAAUUAUGAUGAGCAGCAGACAGCUCAGAGUGCCACCACAAUACUUUACCUAACACAAUUAUAUGUUGCUUGGACAGUGACAGUAAGUUUUGGCAUUGAAAAGGGAAACAUUAGGACUGAAAAAAGUUCCACAGAAAAGUAAAACACAGGAAUUCAAAACACAUUUUUAACUUGAUAUAUUAUCAUUAUUUUGCAUUGUCAUGAGUUUUUUUAAUGUGAGUCUUGACUUUUUUCAUGUCACUCUUGAAGAAAUGAUUCUACAAGAGAAGCUCUCUCCUCAGUAUGCAGAUUACAUGUAAAUCAGGCUCUCAGUGACAGAACAUUAAAACAAAGAAAAAUCACUUGAAGAAAAAAAAAUUAGGAGCUUGUUAUUGAAAGACAU